AUGGACAAAAACUCAAGCUUGAAUUUGCAGGAAAACUCUUUGCUUGGAGCCAAUCAGUUAUUGGAAAAUGAUUCCAUGCCGAACUAUGACGAUGAAUUGAAGCCGAAGGUUGGACAAAUAUUUGAUACGUUAGCAGAAGGUAAACUGUUUUACCAAAAUUAUGCACAUAACGUCGGGUUUAGUGUGCGUUCAUCAUCGGAAACUACAGAUAAAAAUGGUGUGAAACGUUGGAAAUACUUUGUUUGCUCAAAAGAAGGUUAUUUAUCGGAUAAGAAAAAAGAUGAAGUGCUUGAUGCAGUUGCUGUCAAAUCUAGAAGAAGGAGUCUUACAAGAGAAGGAUGCAAUGCAAAUGCCGUUUUCAAAUGGGUUGAAGGAGGUAAGUAUGAGCUUGCUCGAUUUAAUGAAAGUCAUACACAUGCACUUGCUUCACCCUCGAAGAGGCCAUUUCUAAGAUCAGCAAGAAAGGUGAAUCCAAUGCACAAGAGCUUAUUACAUGCAUAUGGUAGAGCAAAUAUUGGGCCUUCAAAAUCAUUCCACUUAAUGAAAGAACAAUUUGGGGGUUAUGAAAAUGUUGGAUGCACGCAAAAGGAUCUUCAAAAUUAUAAAAGAGAUUUACAGACUUUGCUCAAAGAUUCUGAUGCAAAUGUUUUUAUUGAUAACUUUAGAAGGAAGCAAGAACUUAAUCCAUCAUUUUUUUAUGCAUACGAGGUAGAUGAAGAAGACCGACUAAGAUUGUGCAUGUGGCAUAUAAUGAAAAAAGUUUCCGAAAAAAUAGGUGCUUCCUUGAAUGAUGAUGAAGAGUUCAACCAAUCUUUCAAAUCAUGUGUUUGGGGAUCAGAGACACCAGAUGAGUUUGAAGAAACAUGGGACAGUAUCAUUUUCGACUUUGAGUUAGAAGAGAAUGAGUGGCUGUCAUAUAUGUUUGAAAUUCGAAGCAUGUGGAUUCCAGCAUACUUUAAAGACGUUUUGUUGGCUGGGAUAAUGAGAACAACAUCAAGAUCAGAAAGUGAGAAUUCGUUUUAUGGAAAUUUCUUGAAUCCUAAUGUCAACUUGGUUGAAUUUUGGAUGAGGUUUGAUUCAGCAAUCGAAGCACAACGACAUAAGGAGUUACUUGCCGAUAACAGUUCAAUUCAUUCCAUACCAAAACUAAUGUUGGAUCGUGACAUAGAGAAGCAUGCAAGAGAUGUGUAUGCUCGCGAGAAAUUUUAUAUAUUUCAGAAGGAAUUAUGGAUGGCUUGUGUUGAUUGUGGAAUUGAAAAUAAGAAAGAGGAAGAUGGAAUGGAAAUAUUUCUGGUACAUGAUAAUAGUAAGGUCAAUCGUAAUCUUCGAGAAGUAGUGUACAAUUUGUCUUAUCACAAUGCAAACUGCUCCUGCAAAAUGUUCCAGGCUGAAGGAAUACCUUGUAGACACAUACUUUGUGUUGUAAAGGGAAAAAAAUUGAAUGAAAUACCAAGUAAGUACAUAUUGAAUAGGUGGACUAAGUUUGCAAAUAAAAAACCUGUGUUUGACAUAGGUGAUAUUGUCUAUGAAAAGGCUGGGCAAGGUGGAAUCGUUUCAAAUGUCUGGGAUAAGUUAUUUAGGUGUGUGGAGAAGGCUGGGCAAGAUAAAGAAAAGCUGCUUAUUGUGUUAAAUGGGGCUGUUAUAAUGGAAAAAGAGUUGGAUGAGUUUGAAGGGAGUUCUAAGCAAACCAAGACAAAUGAUUUGGAAACUUACAUCAGAACAAAUAUUCCUGAGAGAGUAGAAAUUCUUCCACCACAGUUUGCAAAGACUAAAGGCAGUGGUAAAAGAAUCAAAAGUGGCAAAGAGAAGGCUGUCGAACAACAACAAAAAAGAACGAGACUUUGCAAGGCAUGUGGUGAAUAUGCGCAUCAUAACAGCCGCAAUUGUCCUAACAAAUAA